UUAGAGCGAGCAUUGCUACCAUAGUGCGCGCAGUAGCUGUUCCAGGACUGCUCAAUCAGGAAAACUUUCUUCGCGACACAGCAUAUCUCGCCAUCUGGAGCAACAUCGAACCUGGUAUUGGCAUAGCGGCAGCCUGUGCACCGGCUUUAUCCCCGCUGGUUCGACAUAUUCUCGGGAAAAGACAACGGCGGGGAUACGAAAGGGGCAUCUGGCGAACACGGGACCUUCCAACAAUCACAAACGACUCAAUGGCGCUAUCUGACAGAACAGAGAGGAGGCAGCACGAGUUUCGAAGCGGGGGCACAUCUAAAAACGACGUACUACGCCUGCGGUUUGACGACUUUUCUUACGAAUCCCGGAUCUCCUCCGGCCCACAGGCACAUCAGAUGCGGCCGAUGCCGCCGCCAAGGAGUCGGGCGUCGUGGGCGUUUCCGCUACGGCGCGGGUCAGCGGCCAGCGGCGGCUUUGAUUGCAUUACCGCUGAUACCACGCUUACCACAUCGACGAUAUCGUCAGACGGGGCAGCGACCGAGCCACCGUCAUCGGGGAUCAUGAAGACGAUGGAGUUCCAGCUGUCGUACGAGGCGAGGACGUGGACGACGUCGAGGCGGGGGAGGAUGAUUCCCCGGGACGAGAGCAUGACGCUGCGGCCUUCAACGAUUGCGGAGAUGAGGAGGGUGACAAGCGGGGAGGUGCCGCUUCUUCAUGACGGGAUGUCUCCGACCUCAAGAGAUCAUGACGUCGAAGCUGGGUUUACGCGGACAUCGUUUAAUAAUCGGCACUCAUCACCGCCUGGGUCACCGUGGGAGUGGAUGGGAAAUCGACAGGUCAGGCCUCUUUCUAUGAAUGGGGGCAAGUUGGGAGCUGAGGCCACUCAUACGACGACGGCGGAAAAGCGGCUAUCGACAAAAUCAUAGCGAGAACAGAUUUGUGGCUUGGCUGUCUGAUCACGAUUUCGAAAUACAUAAUAUUGUAACAUGAAUGUUCUCCAUCAUCCACUCUGAUGAAGUUUUCGCUGCAUGAUGCCCUG